AUGGGAAAAAAAUCGUUAUCUUCUUCAUCGCAAUCGUGGUGGUGGGGAGGGUGGAGAUAUCUUCACCCGCAGCAUAACCUGAGGAGGCCGCAGCUGUUGGCACUCUUCAUUAUCUCCUUCGUUGCUCUCACAUGGCUGCUCUCUGGCCUCGAAUCUCUCAGUGUAGAGCACCAGCUAGAGAAUGUGAAGAAGCAGAUAAGAAGUUGGAGCAUUGUUGAGGAGGAGGAUGAUCCUCUCAAUGUUGAACGAAGAAGAGCAGUUAAAGAGGCUAUGAUUCAUGCCUGGACUUGUUACGAGAUGUAUGCAUGGGGUCGUGAUGAACUCCAGCCACAAACAAGAGAUGGUGUUGAUAGUUUUGGCGGUCUAGGAGCAACUCUAGUGGAUUCUCUUGAUACAUUGUACAUAAUGGGUCUUGACGAGCAAUUCCAAAGAGCUAGAGAGUGGGUUGCAAAGUCGUUGAAUUUCAACAAGAACUACGAGGCUAGUGUUUUUGAGACAACCAUAAGAGUUAUAGGUGGACUUCUUAGCGCAUAUGAUCUCUCUGAUGACAAAGUGUUCCUUGAAAAGGCUAGAGAUAUUGCAGAUAGGUUGCUGCCUGCGUGGAAUACACCCUCAGGAAUCCCCUAUAACAUAAUAAACUUGAGAUAUGGGGAUGCCCAUAACCCUCGGUGGACAGGGGGAAAAAGUAUUCUGGCAGAUGCUGGUUCAGAGCAGCUUGAAUUUAUUGCUCUAUCUCAGAGGACAAAUGAUCCUAAGUACCAGCAGAAGGUGGAAUAUGUCAUCGAAGAGCUUCAUAAAACCUUCCCUGCUGAUGGAUUGCUUCCCAUAUAUAUUGAUCCUCACACUGGAAUUACCUCAUACUCAAAAAUUUCCUUUGGUGCCAUGGGUGAUAGCUUUUAUGAAUAUCUACUCAAGGCUUGGAUACAAGGGAACAAAACUGAAUCUGUAACACACUACAGAGAAAUGUGGGAGACAUCAAUGAAAGGUCUGAAAAGCUUGAUUCGGAGGACAACACCAUCCUCAUAUGCAUAUAUAUGUGAGAAGACUGGAAGCUCGCUGUCCGAUAAGAUGGAUGAAUUAGCUUGCUUUGCUCCUGGAAUGUUGGCUUUAGGAUCGACUGGCUAUGGCACUGAUGAAGCUGAAAUUUUUUUAUCCCUUGCUGAAGAGCUUGCAUGGACAUGUUAUAACUUUUAUCAGACAACACCUACAAAAUUGGCUGGAGAGAACUAUUACUUCGCUGCUGGACAGGACAUGACCGUUGGAACACCAUGGAGCAUUUUGAGGCCGGAGACGGUGGAGUCACUUUUUUACCUAUGGCGUUUAACUGGGAACAAAACUUACCAAGAAUGGGGUUGGAAUAUUUUCCAAGCAUUUGAAAAGAACUCUCGAGUAGAUACAGGAUAUAGUGGACUUAAAGAUGUGAGUUCAGGUGAGAAAGACAAUAUGAUGCAGAGCUUCUUCCUCGCAGAAACGCUGAAGUAUCUCUAUCUCCUCUUUUCACCUCCAUCGUUUAUCUCUUUGGAUGAAUGGGUUUUUAACACAGAAGCCCACCCUCUAAGGAUCGCGACUCGACAUGCUAAUGGAGAGACUUAUAGUACAAUUGGACAAGAUAGGAUACAAGAAAGGUUCCAUGGUAGGAAAGAUUUGAAGGCAAUCAAGCAAUUCAGUUAUGUGGGGGUGAUGGUGAACGGGUGUGCCGGUAACAGCUGGGCUGCCCUUCAGCUCCUACUUGGUGCGUAA